CUCUCCAGGUCUCCAGCCCAGCCAGUCAGUCUUAUUACUACAUCUAGAAGCGGCACGCAGCCCUAGGUUUCAUUUGCUCUCCACACGCCUCCUCCUCCUCUUCCUCACCCUCGCAGAAACAGUCUUACGACUGUUCCUUCGUCCUCCAUAUCUCCUUUGUUUGUAUCUCAUCAUCAUCAUCACUCUCUGUCUCUCUCUCUCUUGAUCAAAUCCUUAUCCCAUUUUCUGCUCUCUGCCUUUUUGUCUAUGAAUGCGUGAUCGUCGCCAUGUAUAUAAACACAGCCUCUUCAUCUGCCUCCUCGCUUCUCAGAGCUUCUAGGGCUCGCCUUUUCUCGUCUUCUUCUUCCUCGUCUCCUAUCUCCAGAACCUUCGCUGGUUCGCCGCUCAAGCCUUCUCACCAUCACUUCGCCUCUCACCGCUUCCUCAGCUCCUCCUCUGCGGUUCGCUCUUUCUCUCGCUGGAGCCACGGCGGUGUCCAUUGGCGCUCCCCCUACACGCUUCGGUCUCAGAUCAGAGCCAUCGCUCCCGUAAUCGAACAGUUCCAGCGCAAGAUCGCUUCCAUGGCUUCUGAAAACCCUUUCAAGGCAAAUUUAACAAGUCUUCCCAAGCCCGGAGGUGGCGAGUUUGGAAAAUUCUACAGCCUUCCCUCUCUGAACGACCCCAGGAUCGAUAGGUUACCAUACUCCAUCAGAAUCCUUCUUGAAUCUGCUAUUCGUAAUUGUGACAAUUUCCAAGUCAAGAAGGAGGAUGUUGAGAAAAUUAUUGAUUGGGAAAAGACUGCCCCGAAGCAAGUUGAAAUUCCUUUCAAGCCUGCUCGUGUACUAUUGCAGGACUUUACGGGAGUUCCAGCUGUGGUCGAUCUUGCUUGUAUGCGUGAUGCUAUGAACAAACUUGGGAGCGAUUCUGACAAGAUCAAUCCUUUGGUUCCUGUUGAUCUUGUUAUUGAUCAUUCAGUUCAAGUCGACGUUGCAGGAUCAGCAAAUGCUGUGCAGGCCAAUAUGGACCUUGAAUUCCAGAGAAACAGAGAGAGAUUCGCUUUUCUUAAAUGGGGGUCCAAUGCUUUCCACAAUAUGCUUGUUGUUCCACCUGGUUCUGGCAUUGUUCAUCAGGUUAAUCUUGAAUAUCUUGGACGGGUUGUUUUCAAUACUGAUGGCUUACUUUACCCUGAUAGCGUGGUUGGAACUGAUUCCCACACAACCAUGAUUGAUGGGUUAGGAGUUGCUGGCUGGGGAGUUGGAGGUAUUGAAGCUGAAGCUACUAUGCUUGGCCAGCCUAUGAGCAUGGUGUUGCCUGGAGUUGUUGGGUUCAAGUUAUCUGGAAAAUUAAACAAUGGUGUUACUGCUACUGACUUGGUUUUGACUGUCACACAAAUACUGAGGAAGCAUGGAGUUGUUGGAAAGUUUGUUGAAUUCUAUGGGGAAGGUAUGGGUGAGCUAUCAUUAGCUGACAGGGCCACUAUUGCGAAUAUGUCUCCUGAAUAUGGUGCAACCAUGGGGUUCUUCCCUGUAGACCAUGUUACUUUACAGUAUCUCAAAUUGACUGGUAGAAGUGAUGAGACUGUGUCAAUGAUUGAAAGUUAUCUCCGGGCAAAUAAAUUGUUUGUUGACUAUAAUGAGGUAGGAGCCGCCGCCUUAUUUUUUCUCCCAAUUUUUAAAUAUCAGAAUCAACCNNNUAUGUCUGGACCUAAGAGACCUCACGAUCGUGUGCCUUUGAAAGACAUGAAAGUUGAUUGGCAUGCAUGUCUUGACAACAAGGUUGGGUUCAAGGGAUUUGCCAUACCAAAAGAGGUGCAAGACAAGGUGGCAAAGUUUUCAUUCCAUGGACAGCCGGCAGAGCUUAAGCAUGGUAGUGUUGUGAUUGCUGCAAUCACAAGCUGCACCAAUACAUCAAACCCUAGUGUCAUGCUUGGAGCUGCCCUUGUUGCGAAAAAGGCUAGUGAACUUGGUCUACAGGUUAAGCCAUGGGUGAAAACUAGUCUUGCCCCUGGUUCUGGAGUUGUUACAAAAUAUUUGCUCAAGAGUGGAUUGCAAAAGUAUUUUGAUCAACAAGGUUUUCAAAUUGUUGGAUAUGGGUGCACAACAUGCAUUGGGAAUUCAGGGGACUUGGAUGAAACUGUUGCUUCUGCUAUAUCAGAAAAUGACAUUGUAGCAGCUGCUGUGCUCUCUGGAAACAGAAAUUUUGAGGGUCGUGUUCAUCCAUUGACAAGAGCUAAUUACCUUGCCUCUCCUCCUUUAGUGGUUGCUUAUGCCCUUGCUGGAACAGUUGACAUUGACUUUGAUAAGGAGCCAAUUGGAACAGGGAAGGAUGGUAAGAGCGUUUAUUUCAGGGAUAUCUGGCCAUCUACUGAGGAGAUUGCGGAGGUAGUACAAUCAAGCGUGUUGCCGGAUAUGUUCAAAAGCACUUAUGAGUCUAUUACCAAGGGCAACCCCACGUGGAAUGAGCUAUCAGUUACAGAUUCCAAACUGUACUCUUGGGACCCUAAUUCAACCUACAUUCAUGAGCCCCCAUAUUUCAAGGGUAUGACUAUGGAUCCUCCUGGCGCAAAGGGAGUGAAGGAUGCGUACUGCCUGUUGAAUUUUGGUGACAGUAUUACAACAGAUCACAUCUCCCCAGCAGGAAGCAUCCACAAGGACAGUCCUGCAGCAAAAUACCUUCUUGAGCGUGGGGUGGAUCGCAAAGACUUCAACUCUUAUGGUAGUCGUCGUGGCAAUGAUGAAGUCAUGGCAAGGGGAACCUUUGCCAAUAUCCGCAUUGUUAACAAGCUUUUGAAUGGAGAAGUGGGCCCUAAAACAGUUCACAUUCCUACAGGAGAGAAACUCUAUGUGUUUGAUGCAGCAACAAGAUACAAGGCUGAUGGGCAUGACACCAUUGUACUGGCUGGAGCUGAGUAUGGAAGUGGAAGCUCUAGGGAUUGGGCUGCCAAGGGUCCAAUGCUAUUGGGUGUUAAAGCGGUUAUUGCUAAAAGUUUCGAGAGAAUCCAUCGUAGUAAUUUGGUGGGGAUGGGUAUUGUUCCACUUUGUUUCAAGGCCGGCGAGGAUGCUGAUACACUAGGAUUGACUGGUCAUGAACGUUAUACCAUUGACCUCCCUAGCAGCAUUAGUGAGAUAAAACCCGGCCAAGAUGUGACUGUCACUACAGACAAUGGGAAAUCUUUCACCUGCACUGUACGCUUUGACACUGAGGUGGAAUUGGCUUAUUUCAACCACGGAGGUAUUCUUCAUUAUGUGAUCAGGAACCUGAGUAAGCAGUAAUUGCAUAGCUUCGCUGUUCAGAGGACUUGCUAUCCGCAUCAUGCAAGCGUUUUUAAUUGUAAAAUGUGAGGGAGCAAAUAAAGUUCCAAAUAAUAGGAAAAAGGUCCCAUUUUCGGGGGAGAGAGGUAUUUAUUUUUGGAUAAAUUCGUCAUCUUAACACUGCCCAGGCUGUGCAGGCAUGUUGGUUGGUCGUUGAAUAGGGCACAAAAUAGUUUCGAGCAAUAUAAUCUUUUACUAUUUCCAAUUGUUGCCAUACCUUGGGGUUUCAAGGUGCCAUGAUUAUAGGCAGUGUUAUGUCUUUCGAACAGUGAUCUAAUCAAUGUGAGUUUUGUUCAUGCAUGCUCAAUCUCUAUCAACAAUUGGUG